AUGGGCGAAUCUAUGCUGGAACCCACAGUAAAACUGUACAUGUACCAAGGGCUGUGUCUGGACGAGUUUCCAAAUAGCACCAUCUGUCGCGCUCUCCAACGUCACCCGGCAGAGGAAGAUUACAUCCAAGCUAAAUCGGCGAACUAUUUGAUGUACUACAAAAUAUUGUUAAACCUACCGGCAAUAUUUUUGGGCUUAUUUUGCGGAGCCUGGAGCGAUCGCAUAGGGCGAAAAAUACCGAUUAUGCUCCCGUGUAUCGGAAGUACCUUGGCCGUUUGUCUCUACAUCCUGAGUGACGAGAAUGAGAACUCUGUGGCUUACAUCCUCUGCGGUACAACAGUGAAUGGCAUAUUUGGGAAGAGCGCCAUUAUAACAAUGGCAGUGCACAGCUACGUUACCGAUGUCAGUGACUCUGAAGCGCGAACCCGACGUUUGGGCGGUCUUCUAGCAAUGAAUUUCUUUGGUCUUUUUGCUGGAUCUUUGACUGCUGGGUUUAUGUUAGGUAUGUUCAGUUUUGACGUGGUGUUUUGCUGUGUGGCGGUCAUCAACGCUUUGGUAGUCCUGAUGACAGUGUUUUGCCUCAAGGAGAGCGUAGAGGACUCUGUCAUUGAGUCUGCUCUGGCAGCAUCACCUUUCAAACUUUCGCAUAUAACAGAGUCGUUAUCUGUAAUGUGUAAGCCUAGGGAAGGUAACAAACGAUGCCACCUAAUUUUGUUCUUUAUAACCAUUGUGGUAAAUCAAGCUUGCAAAGCCGGGGAAGUGGACAUAACUUUAUUAUUUGUAAAACAUAGGCCGUUUCACUGGACCAAGGCUCAAUAUGGGUACCUAUUGGCUUUGGACUACGCAUCUCUUGGCCUCUUCUUGAUGGUUAUUCUGCCAAUUUUGUCAGGUGUGCUAGGAAUGAAAGACUUGACAUUAGUGAAAAUAGCUUUGACUUUCAAAGUUUGCCGUUUGGUUUUCAUGGCAUUCAAUACUGAAACUUGGCUAAUCUACGUGUCAGUCGUCAUAGCCUCAGUAAGCGGUAUGAUCGUCUCUGGAUUGAAGUCGCAGAUGAGUAAAGCGGUGAAUCACGAGGACGUUGGGAAAGCGUUUUCGAUUCUCAGCGUCGGCGAAACUACGGCAAAUCUUGUUGGCGCUAUAGUAUUUACCAACUUCUACGCCGCUACCGUGGAUAUUUUCGCCGGUUUCACUUUCUGUUUCGAGGCAACUAUUCAUUUGGUUCUCCUGGCUUUGAUCUUUUGGCUGGCGCGGGAUUUGAACCAUGACGAGCAAGCAUCGCCCGUUUUAGGAAAGUAUGGCGCUCUUGUGUCACCAGAAUCUUAUGAUAAGUUCCCUAUGGGUCUGGAUGUCAUCGAAGAAGUUUCCUCGCCAUCUUCCAGCUCUGAAACCAGCAACGCUCUUCCUCUUCAAGAUGACCUCUGUGACACAAGCGAUGGAGAGAUGGUUGACUGA